ACCGGUAAACCAGCAGGAUUCUGCUGUAAACGAAAGUAGUGUGUUCUGUGUCUAUGUGAUUUGAAUUGUGUCUAGUUUUCCUCCUUGUCAGUCGCUAAUCAAAGAUGUCUAAGCUGAAAUUAAUAGUGUUCGACCUAGAUUACACCCUGUGGCCGUUCUGGGUCGACACCCACGUUGAUUCACCUUUUCACAUCGAUGACAGCGGCACGGUGCGGGAUUCAAGAUUUGCCAAGGUUCCCAUUUAUCACGAUACUGAAAAGAUCCUGAGCUCACUGCAUAGUCAGGGGUUCAAGAUAGGCAUUGCAUCGCGAACCGGUGAGACUGAAGGAGCCAAUCAGCUGCUGUCACUCUAUAAACUUGACCAAUACAUUUCCUUCAAGGAGAUCUAUCCCGGUUCAAAGGUCACUCAUUUUAAAAGGCUGAAAGCUGACAGUGGCGUCCAGUAUUCUGACAUGAUGUUCUUUGAUGAUGAGGAUAGGAACAUCUUGGAGGUUGGCAGGCUGGGUGUUCACUGUGUGAUGGUUCAUAAUGCCAUCACCUGGGAUCUAGUCAAGAAAGCGCUUGAGCAGUUCAGCAAGAAGCAGUGAAGGCGUCUGGUCCUGUGGAGAUGCAGCUGCUGCAAAUGAAGAAGAACCCAUUUGCUGUGCAGAAAAACUGACAUGCAUAGAGGACAGGGAGGGUCAUGUUUAGUGGUUAUUUCUGUGCGAUCAACCGUUUUUAACUUGACUGACAAAAGCAAUUGGCGUAUACUUAUAAUUCUGUUUUAAUGUUUAAAUUGUUUAUUAUUUAGCUCCAUUUUAAAACAUUAA